AUGGUACGUGUACAUGAGUCCUGGCGAGAUGACUUUCUAGUCUGGAACCCCAACGACUUCGGCGGUCAGGAUACUGUGUACGUGUUGGAGUCGGAUAUUUGGAUACCACGAGUCGUGCUACUGGAAAAUGUACAUUAUGAGUUUCCGAGUGUUGAUGAGAAGGAAUUGAUCGUCUCAUCAGACGGUACCGUGGUCUGGUACGCGUCCGCCAUGUUCCAAUUCUCCUGCAAGGUCUACGUCAAGCGCUUUCCAUUCGACGUCCAGCACUGUAACAUGACUCUCAUGGCCUGGUCCCACGACAUCUCCACCCUCAACCUGUCGUACUUUGACGACGAAGACACUAAGCAGUACAUCUUCAGCAAGAAUGGGGUUUGGAAUCUCACUGGCGUUGAGAUGACUCGGGUGGAGACGAAAUACGCGUGCUGCGAGCACCCCUUCCCGCAGAUCAUUUACCGUUUGACCUUCCAGAGGGCGUCCUUGGUCUACAUCUUUAGCAUCUUGAUUCCAUCCAUUCUCCUUGCAAUGCUCACCCUGAUGGUGUUCUGUAUUCCCCCUGAGUCUGGGGAGAAGAUCUCACUAGGAAUAACCAAUCUCCUGGCGUUCGUUCUCUUCCAGCAGCUCAUAUCGGGCAGCAUGCCACCGAUUGGUGACGAAACACCCAUCCUAACCAUCUACAUUUUCUCCAUGGUUGUCAUCGGUUGUGCCUCCAUCUUUGUCUCCGUCUACGUCCUGUGGCUGUUCCACUCUCCCCCAGAGCGGACCGUCACACGCCGUCUGGUCUCCGCCAUGACGUACUUCAGUCAUGACCCGAGCAAGAGCAGGGUUACUUGGAAGGCUGUGGCUUGCAAGUUGGACCGGGUCUUCUUGGUUUUGUUCCUGGUGUUGACUCUUAUUGUCAUACUUGCAUCGUGUAUUGCACUCGCAGUUGCCAAAGAUGGACCCAACUGA